AUGUUUUCUUCUUGGAGUUGGUCUGGGUGGCAUUAUUUAAUUUCAUGCGUCUUUCCAUUCUUAAUAUCUCUUCUAGAACUCAUUUUUAUAUGCACACAGAUUGAUAUAGAUAUUCUUCCUACAGAACCAAUUAAUAGUAUCCCUGUUACAAUGAUUUUCUUUAAAUUUUUAGAAGGAAUGGCACAUUUCACAGUAUAUUAUCUCGGUGUAGAAGGUCCAGAACAACUAUUUGGCGAUAGAAAUUGGUUGAUCAUAGUAAUUUUAGUAAUUUUUGCAUAUCCAAUUUACUUUUUAUUCAAACUUCCAUUCGUAGUUAUCAGAAUCUUUCUCAGACUUGGUUCUCCUGGAGCAAUUUGGGAAAGAAUGUUUUCUAACACAGGAUUUUCAUUAGAAAAAUUACGAAUAGAUGAUUCAAAUUGUCCAUUAUUUGUAUUUAGAUGCAUUUAUAUCGGAUUACCUUUUAUAAUUUUUGCGUUAAUCUACGUUAUAUUAAUUAUUGCAUUAUCACCGCUCUGGUAUUUCAUAUUUUCAUGCUGGUCGAUGGGAUGCUUUGGAAUUGCUGCAACAAUGGCAAUUUUAUAUACAGAAGAGGAUCCUCUCACAGCUCAAGAUAGAUGUCUUCGAGUUCAUUUCAACAAUCAAUGUAUUCACUUAUUUACAACAGCAUCUGAUAUCAUAUUCACAGCUAUUCAUCUUGCAUUAGCACAUGUAAGCGUAAUUGGUGUUUUUCUAUGUGUUGUUGCUUCAAUUUCAUUUAUUUUCCAUGCAAUAUAUUGUGUACAUGAAAUUUAUGAUAGAUGUAAUCAGCGUGGUACACAUUGCUGCAGUUGCUGCUCCAAAGAUGAUUUAUAA